UUGAUCUUACUAAUGCAUUUUACCAUAUCAUUUUAGAUGAGUCGUGUAGACAUCUGACAAAUUUCUUUUCCGGAAAAGAUACAUUCCGAUUCAAACGGUUACCCUUUGGUCUAUGCAACGCUCCCGACAUUUUUCAGGAAGCCUUGCAGACGGUUGUUCUAGCAAAUUGUUCUGGCACGGUGAAUUAUCUUGAUGAUAUUCUCGUAUUCGGAAACAUGAAAGAAGAACACGACUUUAAUCUCGGCGAAGUGUUGUCUCGUUUACGGCAGCAUAAUGUCCUGUUAAACCCAGCCAAAUGUGUUUUUAUUAAACAGUCAGUCAAAUUUUUGGGAUUUCUUCUUUCUCACGACGGUUGGCGAGUGGACGAAGAUAAAAGGAAAGCUAUAGCUGGAUUUCGAAAACCGGGAACUAUUCAAGAAGUGAAAAGCUUCUUGGGGCUCAUAAAUUUUAUCGAGAAGUUUACUCCCAGUCGAGCUGAAAAGACGGUAAAGUUGAGGGCACUAGCAAAUUCUGAUAUUUUUUAUUGGACACAUGACGAAGAUUUUGAGUUCGAGGAGAUAAAAAGAAUAGCUUUACACUGAAUUAUCAGGUUAGGAUACUUUGAUCAUAAAGAUAGGACCGAAUUAUUCGUGGGUGCUUCACCGUUUGGUCUAGGAGCAGUGCUUGUACAGUUCGAUGAAAUCAAAACGCCUAGAAUAAUAGCGUGCGUUUCAAAGUCCUUGUCGAUGGUGGAAAAGGGUUAUCCUCACACCCAGAAGGAGGCGUUAGCCAUUGUUUGGGCAGUCGAGAGAUUUAGUUAUUACUUAACUAACAUCAACUUUACUAUUUGGACUGAUUCCGAAGCUAACAAAUUCAUCUUUGGCAGCCUGUAUAGAUCUGGAAAGAGAUCAAUUACUCGUGCGGAAACAUGGGCCCUUCGUCUUUUGCCAUUUAAUUUUCAAAUUAAGUGUGUUCCUGGAGAUCAGAACAUUGCGGAUGUAUUGUCCCGUCUUAUAGAUGAUUCUCAGGUAGAUGAGCCGUUUGACGACGACAACGAAAGGCAUAUGCUAUACGAUCUCGACACAACUAAUAUGAGUAUGUCUUGGUCGGAUAUUCAGCUGGCUUCAGAAGAGGACGAAGAAUUAACAGAAGUGCGCUUGUGUAUGGAAACUGGCAAAUGGCCUCGACAUUUGGGCCGUUAUGAAUGUUUGGUCAAGCAGUUAAGAUCCCUCGAUGCGCUUGUAUUCAAAGAUGAUCUGGUUGUUUUACCCAAGUCGUUAAGAGAGAGGGCUUUAGCAACAGCACAUGAAGGCCACGUUGGCUGCGGGGCUACCAAAAGAAUUCUUCGUGAUCAUUUCUGGUGGCCUAAUAUGUCCAAAGAGGCCGAUAAGUACGUUAGUGGUUGUACGACUUGCCUAUCCAUUUCUCAAAGAAAUCCACCGGUUCCAUUAAUCAGCCGAUCUCUUCCGGAAGGCCCGUGGGAGAUACUUCAAAUUGAUUUCCUUUCUGUACAAUGGUGCGGUUCAGGACACUUUUUAGUUUGUGUAGACAUCUACUCGCGUUUUUUGAACGUUAUCGAGAUGAAGCAGAUUGAUGCAAGUUCAACGAAUGCAGCUUUGUGUAAGAUUUUUAAAACUUGGGGUUUACCACUUGCUAUACAAAGCGAUAACGGUCCUCCCUUCAAAAGUAAGGAAUUUAUACAAUUUUGGGAGCAAAAAGGUGUAACGGUGCGUAAAUCGAUACCGUUAAGUGCACAGUCGAACGGAGCUGUGGAGCGGCAGAAUCAGGGCAUCAUUAAGGCGAUAUCAGCAGCUAAAAUAGAAAAAAAGAAUUGGAGUGAAGCUCUGGAGGAAUAUGUUCACUUGCAUAAUACUCGUAAACAACAUGCGAGGUUGGGCGUUACUCCUUUUGAACUUUUGGCGGGAUGGCGUUACAGAGGUACUGUUCCUAGCUUGUGGGAUGCAAAAAUAGGUAUAGAGCGAUCAGUUGUGCGAGAAGAUGAUGCACAUGCUAAAUUGCUUAGUAAGAAUUACGCAGAUAAACAUCGGGGUGCUAAAGAGAGCAACAUUAAAGUAGGUGACAAGGUUGUAGUUUUUAUUCCGCAGAAGAAGAAGACUGAUCCUUCGUUUUCUAAGGAAACAUUCACGAUAUUAGCUAGAGACGGAGCGAAAGUUGUAAUUCGUAGCGAGGAUGGAACUCAAUUCUCAAGGAAUGUGCGAGAUGUUAAACUAUUACCGUGCCGUGCCGUACCGUACGAUCAUAGUUUGUCAAUAGAUGGAAACAGCCAAAACUCCAACACAGUAACGGAUCUAUCUCCUAUGCCGCGUGCAAGUAAUAGACUAGGGGAAGAAAGACCUCAACGUCACGCGCGUAAGCCAGCUUGGUUAGAAGAUAUGGAGCUAUAUUAAUUCUGAUAAUGGUUUCUUUUGCAUUGAUUUUCUUUUCUUUCUUUUAAUUUUAAUAAAAUUUGGCAUCUGAUAUUGAACUAUAGAAAUAAUUAAGUAUUAAAGAGUAGGCGAAAGGUAGAUUGUAGGGAUUAUAGGAUACAGGAAAUAAAGACAGAAAUAAUGAGAAAGAGUAGGAAGGAUAUAGAUGAAUUCGGACAUGGAUAUGACGACGGAAAAGGAGAAUAAAUGGCCAGUUGAGUUAGAACUGUCAGCUGGAAAGCAUAUACUGUGAAUGUGUUAUGUGUUAAAGUAAUCCGAAAUUGUAAUUCCCUCCUCCGGUCACUACAGGUAUGUA